UCGCUGUGACACGACACCGAAGUAGGCUCAAGGGGGAUCUAGGUGUGGACGAACGGGUAGGAGUUGGUAUCCAGUAGUCCAGGAUUUAUGGACGAGCAUUGACGAUAUGCAACGAGAGUGGGGCUUUUGUGGACGAGAAGAACCGGGGUUCAUCUGUUUUCGCGGCUGUGGGUCCUCUCACUCUGGUUUCUCUGUGGCUCCAGGGAGCCAUGAGGGAUGUUGAUGGUGAGAGUUGGGCUCGACUGUGAGCUUUUGGGUGGAAUUGGUGUUAGAUUGCCCUGGGUAAUUAGGGUUUGAGGGUGGAGUUGAGGUCGUAUUGGAUGGAAUUGGGGUGUGGAUGCGGGAAUGUCUGAGGUGUGGGGUUGCACCUUGGGAUGGACACAUGGUGGGAGUCGCGCUGGGUUAUGGACUUGGAGAGAAGGCAAUAUUAAAGGGGAUGUGAAAAACUCGGUUUGGUGUUGUGAGCUGGUCGGGGAUAUGGCGGGUGCAGUGAAGAGAAUGGUAUUGGAAGUGGAUGCUGCGUUGGGUUGUUUCAGGCUCUGGCCUCAAUAUGAGUUCAGAAGGUGCUGACUGUGUGAGUGGGGAUGUAAGGUGAGGAAGACCGGGUUGCAGUGGUGAGUUCGCCUUAGAUAGGAGAGGAGGUGCCUUCGACUGGAUGUGCAGUCUGAUUUAUUAGGGUUUCGUGUAUUUGGCCUAGUGGGCCCUGUGGCUUCGCAGCAGUGCUUGUACAUGUCAGUUCACAGGUACGAAAAAUCUGUCUCGUUGUGGACAUCCGAAGUCAUGCAGAACGGGAGUACCGUGCUCGAUUACAGCUAAUAAUCGAUAGGUAGAGUUUUGGAAUAAAUCUGUAUGUGCACGGCCAGAGGUGGUGGGUGUGUGGUUACUUGUAAUUAGCUCAUCGUGACGCUGUAGAGCUCGUUUCUUGUUCUUGAGUUUGCUCCUCGUGUAGCAGUCCCGACUUUUCUUCAAUUGGGAAGAGAGCAAUAUAUCCUGUUAGGUCGCCCAUUGUAUCUGUAGAUGCUACCGUUAGACUACACCGGUGAUACUACUCAUUCAAAGUUCGCUUGGCAUUUCCUCAGAGCACGCUCCUAUGUUAAAGUACGGAGGUGCGUGGACGUAAUGAGGCAUGCAGAUGAACUUAAUCCAUUUGUCUCAUAGUUCUGCAUUCCUGUAAUGGCCAAUGCGUGGCGCUCAAAUACAUGGAUUGGGCUGCACAACAGUACCAACACUCGGCUUCAGAGGGUUCGAUCUUGGAGGAUUUGACCUCAGAUUGAAGCGUUUUCGAGAGCCCUUUUUUUUGGUUCUGUGAGCAACAUCUAGUUGUGAUUGAAUUGAGGAAAUAUUGAAUGUUACUUGGAAGAGCAUCAGGUGUGUAAGGCUGCAGUGGUUGUUUCCAUUCAGGGCGCGCUAUCCGACAAACACGCCGCAGUCUGUAUGAGACUUGGAGUUUGAAUAUUGGAAAUGACUCGAUGAAGAACUGGAGAAGUGAUUAGGUUUAUCGUUUGUCGUGCGGAAUUUUUUGCAGUCUUUUUGGUCCGAAGAAUACGGACGAUUCCAGUGCGUGGUUAAUUCUGGCAUUUUCGUUCAAAUCCAUGAUCGAGGAGGUUGGCAGAGGAUGUCGGUUGUUCUAGCGCGUCUUUCGAAUUUCUUUGUUUUCCUCAUCAGCAGCUUCUAGCUUCAGUGUGUAGCAAGAAAUUUAUUAUGAUUUUGGGAUCAAGUUUUUUAGCUUCUCUUGCGAAUCGGUGCUUCAAAGUCCAGCUGUAUUUCUGGUUGAAAGGAAGGAAGAUGCAACAGUGGAAGAUGCACCUGAGAGUACUGUUGCUAAUUUAGGAGUUGGCGGAGCUAAUGCCCUUGAAGCUGUGAUAUUUAUCAGUUUUGAGAGGCUUUUAUGAUUUUUGGAAGUCGGCGAUCAUUUAUUAGCAAUUAUCGAAGGCAUGCUUAAAAACGCUGCUCCAUGUCUAAUACUCUAUAUUUGCGGCACUGCCGGGAAGUAUAAAUCUUUGAAAGCUAUUGAAGCUCUUAUUGAAGAACAUUGGAAGGAAGACGUAGCAGAUCUAAUAUUCUUUCUCAAGUUUUCAGAGCCUAUCGACAAGAUAUGAAUCAGCAUGUACAGCUUGAUUCUUUCAGUGCGUCUUUUGUGCUCUUUGCAUAUGAGGUGACGGAGCACCAAUUAAAUCGAAGAGCAAUUUUACACAUGGGAAUUUCCGAGGUUUUUGAAGCUGAGAUACAUAGGCACAGUCUUUCAUCAGCAUUGGAAUAUACCACAUCAUUUUUCUUUAAGGAUCCCAGUUUGUUAAAGGCACGGUGAUCCACUUUUUUCUUGAAUAAGCUUUACAACGCGUGCUGCAAUACGAGGUCCAAGCACGGUCCCUCUAACAUAUCUCGGGGUAUUUAAACACGUAGAGAUGGAUAAGGAGGCACAGUACAUUUACAGCCCGCUUCGUAGUGAACGGCAGACUUCCAGGCGGAGACGAUGCCUGCACUCCUUCAAGAUUAUAUUGCAGCUUCCAAAGCUAUUUGGUAACUACAUCUUUUGGAGCUUUACAUUUGAUAAUUCCUCAAGGGACAGUGGGGCUUACAAGAAAUUAUUCAAGCUAAAUUUGUAUGCAGCUAUUUUUACUAUCAUUGGAGGCAUUUGUCUAUAUGAGCUUACUAUUGAACAGAUGGUUCACGCAAUGACCCGGUCGGCAAUUUUUCCUCUUUACUUCCCCCAUGCUAUUGGGUUAGCUCUUGCCUGCAAGUACCAGGGUUCCGUUAUGAUCGGAAAUUUCCUUGGGUACUACUUCUGUCGCAUUUAUCUGCUUUUACGCGGCCCCCUUGACCUGAAUGUUAGCCGAGCUUUGAUCCUUACAAUGAUAGCAGCACUUGGAGUGCUGGAGACUCAUAUUGGGGCAUGGUUGAUGCAUCACUACUUGUGUCGUGGGGAGGCUGUUCGGAAGAGAGUGCCAACUAUCGACAAUGUAGCGCAAGCCUUUCUUUAUAUUCUUAUCACCUUCGGUACCACCUUGGUUUUCGAUUCGUUGAUCGCCGUAGUUGCCUGCUUAUCAGGAAUUGUCAGCUGGGACAAUUUCUCAAAGUUUUGGGCAACGUGGUGGUUAGGUGUAGUUGCAGGAAUGCUGACUCUUUCCCCUGCAAUUAUACAUCUGUUGGCUAUCCCAUUUCCUAGUUCUCUCAUGAAGCCACCAAAUUAUUUUAAUUUGGUUAAAUCUAUUUUGCUAUGGGCUGUUCUGCUUGGCCUUCUUGUUCUGGUGUUCUUUUUCUCAAUCCAGAGCUUCGUGAGACCGUUACCAUAUCUGGUAUUCCCCCUCAUUAUGUUCGCCUCGUUUCGAUUCAAUCGUGUGGGAUGGGCUAUAGUGGUGGCAGUUAUAUCUCUCUCUUGUGCUUGGGGCACAUUCCACCGACAUAGCUCCCUUUAUUAUAUGGCUGGGGUCCCACCCGAUUUGUCCUCGUCUAGUCUUAUUCUCCAGAUCGAACUCUUCGUAUCUGUUAUGGGAUUAGUCGGCAUAGUUCUGGCUGCUGCGGUUAAAGAGAAGAUACAGUUGACAAAUGAUCUCAACAAAGUGAACAGUGAUCUGGAGGAGACAGUUGCUAUGAGGACAAACGAGUUGGUGAAGGCCAAUAACGAGCUUCUGAUCUCGCAAAAGAGAGCAGAACAUGCUAGUCACGCAAAAUCAGAUUUCCUAGCCAAUAUGAGUCAUGAAAUAAGGACUCCUAUACAUGGAAUACUUGGGUUGACUGCGCUGUUGCUAGAGUCUCAGCUGACUGCUGAUCAGCGGGAGAGUUUGAUGUCUGUGAAAGAGUGUGCUGACUUGCUUCUGCACAUUAUCAAUAGUGUGCUUGAUCUUUCUAAGAUUGAGGCGGGGCGCUUGGAUAUUGAAACUGUCCCGUUUAGUAUUCGAAAAAUGGUUUCUAGCACACUUCGCAUGAUGCAAGCACGAGCGCAAGCCCAUAAUUUGCAGCUUCUAUGGCACAUUGAGGGUGCAGUGCCAGAUAAUUUGGUUGGGGAUCCCGGAAAGCUUCAGCAGUGCCUUUUGAAUCUUGUUGGGAAUGCAUUGAAGUUUACCAAUGAAGGAUCAGUGACUGUUCGUGUGAGUUUAUCUGUACGGAAAAUUUGCCAUAAAUCAAUAAAUACUGUUGAACGUGAUGAUUCUCAAACAGUUGCACUCCCGAGUGCUAAGGUCUGUCUUGUUGAAGUCCCUCCGCUUUAUUCACGCCCUACGAAGCCACCGUCUAGGUUGGCCAAAUUACGGAGUUGGGCAAGCUGGCCGGGGCCUUAUUUCAAGUCAGACUCAGGAAAAUCUCAAAGUUGCACAAUUGAUGUGCAUGAGUUACCUGAUGGUGACGGUUAUCAUAAUAUGCAAUCAACUGAAGUGGCUCCAGCUCCAGGCACAGAGAUAUUUUCACAACCUUCUACUCCAAAGACAGUGGAUGUGGAAUUUGAGGUCCAGGAUACUGGCAUUGGUAUUAGUAAGGAAAAACUUCAAGAUAUGUUUAACCCCUUUACUCAAGCGGAUGCAUCUACCUCUCGCCUCUAUGGAGGCACAGGACUUGGUUUAUGUAUAGUUAAAAGGUUCGUGGAGCUGUUGGGGGGCACGAUCUGGGCAGAAAGUGAAGAGAACAAGGGCAGUACUUUUGGUUUCAGAGUACCAUUCCGUGUUUCUGCUGAGGAGAAUCUCACCUACAAGACUGAAAACCGUCAAGGACCAAGGCCAAUGAGAUUCUCCUCUCUUGACGCUCCUGUUUCAUACAAGCUUGUACCCAAGCUCGAGUUAAAGAGACGAGCUUAUUCACUGGACGUUCUAAUGAGGAAUAUGAAAUUCAUCAUGCCGUCCGUGGUUGAAGAGGACGAUUGCGAAGAGUCUGUUUCUACCAAGCGCUCAGGCGGUUCAGCGGCAGGGGAUAACAAGGGAAGUUCACGGAUUACUAAGAAGGCUAGAGCAAUAUUGCUGCCUGAUGAUAAGACUAAGGUUACAAAACCCUCGAAUGAAAGUUCAACUUUGUCACCUGAGAAUCAUCCUACAAGGCCUGUGAUCUUAUUACCCAACGAUCGAGAGACAACCGAAAGUAGUUUAGUGACUAAUGAUGUUGGAGAUUCAAAGGUGAACAUUUUAACUAUCAACCGUGUAUCUUCUGAACAUAGAGGUCACGUUUCUCAUGAAAGACUCCCACUCAGUGGACAAAAGGGUAAUUCGCAUGAAUUUGAAAAGUCUUGUGUUCGGCCUAAAAGUAGUGAAGAGAACUGCCAGCCACCACCAAAACUAACAUCCUCCAUUGAUGAGUGUUCUAUUGACGGGUCAGCCGUUGAUAAGAUGUCUACUGUCAUCAAUGUGCAUGAUAGGACAGAAGAAGCCACAGGGGAGAAACGUACAAAGGUUGUCACUGCCGUAGUGACCGGAGUUGACAGAUCAAAAUUGGAGCAGCCUGAUAUUCAUGUGCCAGUUGAGUUAUCACAGGAGACAGAUGUGAGGGCACCUACUAAGAGUAGAUUACCGACAUCAACAUUAAGGUCCGAUUCCACGAAUGGAUUCAGGAAUCCCAAUUUCGAGGAUGUUGAGCGACCACUUCAUAUUUUGCUUGCUGAAGAUAACCCUAUAAAUCAAAAGGUUGCGAGUAGGCAGCUCCAGCGUCAUGGGCACAUGGUGACGAUUGUGAAUGAUGGCAAGCUGGCCCUGGAAGCUGUCCAAGCGAAUCACGAGUUGUUUGAUCUUGUGCUUAUGGAUGUUCAGAUGCCAACUAUGGAUGGUCUGCAAGCUACCGAGAUGAUACGAGACUUGGAAACUAAGAGAAACUGGAGAAGAUUGCCAGUUCUUGGAUUAACGGCACAUGCAAUCCAAGGUUACAAAGAGACGUGCCUUUCCCACGGUAUGGAUGGUUACUUGGGUAAGCCAUUUGAGAUCAAGCAGCUGCUUAGGCAAAUGCGUGAGCUUUUGUCCACUCAAAGAAAUCUUUAGAGAAGGUGGGUCAUGAUUCCACUGGGAUGUUUAUAACGAUUUGUGCUGUUAACAUUUUAGAUUUCUUGUCAGCUUCGGUGCCACACCCUUAUGAUUUUGUGACGAAUUCUUGCAAUUUUUCCUUGGGAGUUGUAAUAUUUUAGGUGGUGAAUGCGACAACUCAAGUGAAAUCAUCGCUGCAUUUCAUGAUUCUGUGCAUAGCGGUACUGCCAGUGGGUUUAUGAUUUUUUAGAGCCAGAAUAUGGUAGGAGCAUUAAUGUGGCAAUGCAUCAGGAGGCAGAUGGCUCAUUGUCAACUAAGGUUCUUGAAGCUCGAGAUUAACUCGAAUUGUACAUAUCAAAGGUUACUUUAAAUCUCUUCAAGUAAGUCUGAUGUGCCGGUUCUUUCUGUAGACUACUCUGUUGAGGUUGCUUUUAACGUUUCAAUUCAAUGUGGACUUCAGUAAUUCUAAGUAAUUUUAAGUAAUGUUGACAAUAUUGAAUCGAUCAUCCGUGAAGUCGGAGGAAAAGAAAUCUGUCGCCUACUUUAGCGCUAUGUGCGUCCAUUUUGAGGUCCAAGAAAUCAGAUUUGAGGUCAAUUUUUCCAAAAGUAUGACUAAAGAGGUAUGUAGACUUUGCAAUGUUUGGUACGAUUUUUUUACUCAUAGAUAAAUGUGGGGUCAGUGUUCUUCCACUUCAUAUGAUUUAUCCAGCAGCAGCCCUAGAUUGUAUGGAACGUUAUGUUUAAUGAUCCCAAAUGUGCUACUUCUGAGUUCAAAUAAAUUACUUAUUAAAUGCGCUUUCCUC